AUGUUGGUGGUGUACCAAAAGUACUAUACACCGUUGGAUAGAUUCAUCAACAAAUUCAGACGUAAAGGGUUUUGGUUAUACACUGGGCUCAUCACAAUAUCACUACUUUACAUGUUUUAUGAGUUAUCUCAUCUACCUGAUAUACCACCACCACCACCACCACCACCACUGUCGCAAGAUAGAUCUAAACGUAAAGCAAGAACUGUGAAAAAGAAAGAAAUCACAACAACCGACCCCAACACUGGUGUUGCAAAAGUUGAGGAAGUGGUGAUAAUUGAGUAA